AUCAUGGCGGCCGGAGGGGGCGGCGGCGGUUCGGUGUCGGCCAGGGCUCUCGCCCGCUCGGUGGCCCACAGGCUAAAAUAUUACAUUGAUGUGCAAAGAAAAGAACAUUCCUUUGAUUCAUCUGGAUUAAUCAGAGAUGAAAUAGAGAGCUCCAGUUGUCAUACACAUCCUGCAUGUCUGAUUGAGUGGCAGCAUGGCCGACCACUGGAACAUGAUUUUGCAGAGAUUAAACUGGAGGCAUUCCUGCGCACAUACUUGGGCAGCACUGAUGAAUGUUUCCAAAGAGUGCAAAACAGCCCAGAAAAGCGAAAGGAUUUGGAAAAGUUCAUUAAAAAGAUGGCAAGGGAUUAUGUACCUGACCAAACAAAUGAGGGCAGAACAAAGAAGACUCAAAGGCAAAGUUAUUGGCUGCGCGCCCCCUCCAGUCUACACAGAACUGCUACUCCAAGUAUGUCGGCAGAAGAAGUGCGGAGACUCGUUUCUUCGGCUUCCAAGUUCGUCGUGGCUGCCACUUCUGAAGUCUCUCCAAAAGGAACAACUCAAGAAGCUGUUUCGACUCCAAAGAGAGGAGCGACUAAAAUCAUCCCAAGCUCGGAUCGUGCCUGGAAACAGUCUCUUCCUUCUCCUUGGUUGCCCAAAGAUGAAACAGAGAGGUAUGGAAGCUCAGUCCCAUAA